AUGGGUGUGUCCGCUGAGAAACGCCCCAUAGAACGCGUCGACCUCACCCAGAGUGAUGGCGAGCAGAGUGAACGCCCCAGUCUCCCCAAAACCCCACGCAUCGGGUCCUCUGGACAGCGAUUUGGCGAGGCGACGACCUUUCUCCCUUUGAGUCAGUCGUCGCAGGCUUACUCUGCCAUUGACGAUGACGAAGAUGCCCAGGCUGUCGACGUCGUUCAGGGCACUCAGGGGGAGGACGAUUCCUCGCCCGUCAGCACCAUACUCUAUGGUAACCUCCACACGAAGAUCGUGGGCGUCCGCUACUACCGUGGACAUGCCACCAUCGGCGAGUAUGUGAUUCUCCGGCGAGAGCCUACAAACCAGUAUGACUCCAAUGCCAUCCGUGUGGACAACGUCAUGGGGGCUCAGAUCGGUCACAUCCCUCGCAAUAUGGCCGCGAAGCUAGCCAAAUACAUGGACGCCAAGGAUCUGGUGGUUGAGGGCGUGUUGACUGGAGUCAAAGGCGCCUGGGACUGCCCGGUGCACUUGAGACUCUUUGGUCCAGCAGACCCCGCGAAGAGAGAGGACAUUAAACGCCGGCUGCAGCAAGACCGGCUUCCCCUGGAUGAAUACAGGAAACUCGAGCGCGAGGAGCGUGAGAGGAGAAAGCAGCUUGAGAAAGCUCGCAAGGAGGCCGCCAAAUUGUCUCGUUCUCUUACUUCUGGGAAAGGUCACGAACAGAACGAGAGUGUCCUGGGCUAUGCCAAUCUCUCCACCCCUGACGGCCUCGGAUUCGCAGAAGAGAACCUGGAAGACCUUAUCGGACAGAGCACUGCGUUCAACCCUCGCGAUGUCGCCAAGGUCACGGAGAACUUUGGCACCAGUGAGUCCGACCUGGCCAACAUGCCCAUGGCUGAGACUCCGUCGGCUCUCGCGACGGAGCUUUUGCCCUACCAGCGUCAGGGGCUGGCUUGGAUGAUCGGCCAGGAGAACCCACAGUUGCCGUCAGCGGGAUCGACGGACAUUGUGCAGCUCUGGAAGAGGGAUGGCUCUCGGUUUACCAACAUCGCAACGAACUUCUCCACAUCCAUCGCUCCUCCACUUGCGAGUGGCGGUAUUCUGGCCGAUGACAUGGGCCUGGGAAAGACGAUCCAGAUUAUCUCCCUGAUCCUGGCUAACCCCCAGCCUCUCACUCCGGGCAUCUCCAAGUCGACUCUGAUCGUCUCCCCCGUUGGCGUAAUGAGUAACUGGCGAAACCAAAUCCAGGACCACACCCAUCCUGGGCGAUCUCCACGAGUCCUAGUCUACCAUGGACAAGGCAAGAAGGAAGCGGCUAAUCUCGAUCAUUACGACGUGGUCAUUACGAGCUAUGGUGCCCUUGCAAUGGAGUACAACCCCAAGGCCAAAGUUCCACCUAAAACCGGAAUCUUCUCUCUCCACUGGCGCCGCGUCGUCCUGGAUGAAGGACACACGAUCCGCAACCCACGAUCUAAAGGCGCAUUGGCGGCCUCCAACUUGAGGGCUGAUUCGCGGUGGUCCUUGACGGGUACGCCCAUCGUGAACUCCCUGAAAGACUUGUACUCGCAGGUCCGCUAUCUCAAACUCUCGGGUGGUCUGGAGGACAUGGCUGUCUUCAACGGUGCUUUGAUCCGUCCUCUGACCUCCGGAGACCCCGAUGCACGUCUCCUGCUCCAGGCCUUGAUGAGCACCAUCUGCUUGCGUCGUAGAAAAGACAUGGAAUUCGUCAACCUCCGUCUUCCGCCCCUCACGUCCCGCGUCCUCCGCGUCAAGUUCCACCCCCACGAGCAGGACAAGUACGAGCUAUUCCAGUACGUAUAUCCUCAGACCAACCCCGUCACCCUCCACUUACACACUCCACAGGUCGGAAGCCCGCGGCAUGCUCCCAGGAAUACAAGUCGCAAGACAAAGCCAACACAACCUACUCGAACCUCCUCGAAAGUCAUCCUCCGUCUCCGCCAGGUCUGCAACCACUGGGCCCUGUGCAAGAACCGCAUCGACAACCUGACCGCCCUCCUCGAGAAGAACAAAGUGGUCCCGCUCACCCCGGAGAACGUCAAAGCCCUCCAGGACAUGCUGCAGGUCAGCAUCGAGAACCAAGAAAUGUGCGCCAUCUGCCUCGACACCCUGGAGCAGCCCGUCAUCACCGCCUGCGCGCACGCCUUCGACCGCAACUGCAUCGAGCAGGUCAUCGAGCGCCAGCACCGAUGCCCGCUGUGUCGCGCCGACAUCGCCGACCCCUCGACGCUGGUCGCGCCCGCCGUCGAGCUCGGCGAGUCCGCCGACGACGACGCCGUCGUUGCCGCCGCUGACCCAGACCACCCCAGCAGCAAGAUCGAGGCCCUCGUCAAGAUCCUCACCGCCCAGGGCCAGGCGCCCGGCACCAAGACCGUCGUCUUCAGCCAGUGGACCUCGUUCCUCAACCUGCUCGAGCCGCAUCUCCACCGCGUCGGCAUCGGCUUCGCCCGCAUCGACGGCAAAAUGAACUCCGUCGCCCGCGACAACUCCACCUACCGCUUCUCGCGCGACCCCCAGUGCACCGUGCUCCUCGCCAGUCUCAGCGUGUGCUCCGUCGGGCUGAACCUCGUCGCCGCCAACCAGGCCAUCCUUGCCGAUAGCUGGUGGGCGCCUGCGAUCGAGGACCAGGCUGUCGACCGGGUGUACCGCCUGGGCCAGAAGCGGGAGACUACCGUCUGGCGGCUGGUCAUGGAAGACUCGAUCGAAGACCGUGUGCUGGCGAUCCAGGAUGUUAAGCGCCAACUCAUGUCGGCUGCCUUCCGCGAGACGUCGAAGAAGAAGGCUGAAGAUAGAGCGACUCGCGUGGCUGAUCUUGAAAAAUUGUUGGGCUGA